CGUCUACGGGCGCACUUUCACUUAAAGAAGUACCUAAAAAAAUGGUUUUAAUCGGCGCUGGUGUUAUUGGACUUGAAUUAGGUUCUGUAUGGAGUCGUUUAGGUACAGACGUAACAUGUGUAGAAUUUUUAUCUCAUGUCGGUGGUAUUGGUAUUGAUAUGGAAAUAAGUAAAGCUUUUCAAAAAAUUCUUACAAAACAAGGUCUCAAAUUUAAACUUGAUACAAAAGUAACUGGAGCAGAAAAAGCUAAUGGAAAUAUUCGUGUUAAUGUUGAAGGUGCUAAAGGUGGUAAUAAUGAAACGCUUGAUUGUGACACUUUACUUGUAUGUAUUGGUCGACGACCUUAUACAAAAGAUCUUGGACUUGAAAGUAUUGGUAUUAAAGUGGAUCAACGUGGUCGAAUUGAAGUUGAUAAAAAUUUUCAGACAUCAUGCAAAGGUGUAUAUGCUAUAGGUGAUUGUAUUCAAGGACCUAUGUUAGCACAUAAAGCUGAAGAUGAAGGAAUUAUUUGUGUAGAAAGUAUUGCAACAGGUCAUGAACCACAUAUAGAUUAUAAUUGUGUACCAAGUGUUAUAUAUACAUAUCCUGAAGUAUCAUGGGUCGGAAAAGCUGAAGAACAAUUAAAAAAAGAAGGAAUUAAAUAUAAAAUUGGUAGAUUUCCUAUGAGUGCUAAUAGUCGUGCUAAAACAAUAAAUGAAGCUGAAGGUUUUGUUAAAGUAUUAUCGGAUGCAAAAACUGACCGAAUACUCGGAGUACAUAUGAUCAAUUCAGUCGCUGGUGAAUUGAUCAAUGAAGCAACAUUAGCUAUGGAAUAUGGAGCCUCAUGUGAAGAUGUAGCACGUGUUUGUCAUGCCCAUCCAACAUGGUCCGAGUCAUUGAAAGAAGCUAGUCUUCAAGCGAGUUUUGGUAAAGCAAUUAAUUUUACCUAA